GCGGGCACAGCCUUACUUACUCCUAGUCUUAUAGGCUAAAGCUACUCCAUUUUAGCAUUAUCGUCCGUGGUUUCAAGAUUCGAGGACAGUUGCAUGUUAGGCAUUGUGUAGCACCUUCUAAUCUAGCAGUGUUGGUGCACUAUUAGGUCAGAGGUGCUGCUCUGCACGCUAGUCAUUUGUUUUGGAUGUGUUUACAGCGGCUCAUGAGCAGCGCGUGGGAUAUUGCACCCGUGUAAAAGAGCUCUUUCGCUUUCAUAAUGGCCAGCGACGUGGUCAAAAGAUUAAUUUGCAUUUGUCGAUACCUACAAGACCCUUGCCAUGUCGCCAAGUUCCAGCAACUUUGUGGCGUCCGAGGGACAUUUACGAAAAAAACGGCCGAGACUGUGGAGAGUGAAGCGAAGCGCUCGGUCAACGGUGCGCGCGCGGGGCAACGCCAGAGGGACUGCGCUGCUGGUGGGGAUAACGCACAGGUACAUCCGAGCCAAAGGCUGGGGAAGAGUUUAAAUGCUGGGAAUGUUAAACAAGACGACUUCUCUGGCGAUCUUCUGAACGGACCCAUGACAUCAGGCUCUGACAGGACAGAGGGGCAACAUGGAGGUUCAGAAGUGGCCGGCGCGAGCGAGAAGGGCUCCAGAGACAGAGUGAAGCCCUUGCGCAGGAACUCGCUGACUGGCGAUGUUGGGCAAGAGUUCAUCAUCGAGAACAAGUUUCUCUUCUGUCUCUUUACCAUUGGUACCGAGCUUGGCAACGAGAUGUUCUUCAUCGUGUUUUUCCCCUUCUUGAUGUGGAACGUUGAUCCCUAUGUCAGUCGGCAGCUCAUCGUUGUGUGGGCCUGGGUGCUGUUCCUCGGCCAGUCCACGAAAGAUCUGGUCCGAUGGACUCGUCCCGCCUCUCCUCCCGUGGUUAAAGUGGAAGUGUUCUACAACACCGAGUACAGCAUGCCAUCCACACACGCCAUGACCGGAACCGCGAUGCCCUUCUGUCUGUUCAUGAUCACAUGCAGCCGUUGGGAGUACCCGUUCAUGUUUGGACUGAGUGUUGCUCUGUGCUGGAGUCUCCUUGUGUGCACCAGUAGAAUUUAUAUGGGCAUGCACUCAGUGCUGGAGGUGAUCACAGGUUUUCUCUACAGUAUACUCAUCCUGGCAGUCAUUCAACCCAUGCUGGAUGACAUCGACACAUUCUAUCUGACCCACAGCUACGCCCCCUUGGUCGUUCUCCUUGUGCAUGUUGGAUUCAGUUUGGUGGCCUUCUCUCUGGACUCAUGGAGCACCUCCCGUGGUGACACUGCCCAGGCAUUGGCCACAGCUGCUGGAUCUGCUUUGGCAUCCCGUCUGGCCCAUCAACUGGGCCUGCAUCCAGAUCCUCCUGAAGAAGCUCUACCGCUCACCCUACCCCUGUUAGAUGGAGCCUUAUUGGGGUGCUCAAUAAUGCGGCUCCUGGUGGGAGUGUCGGUGCUUCUAGCUGUUAGAGCUGCAAUGAAGGUGGCGGCAGUCCCGCUGGCGUGCAAGCUCUUCAAUAUUCCCUCGGGCGAUGUGAGGAAGGCCAGACAACAUGCACAAGUGGAACUUUCCUAUCGGUUUAUAGUCUAUGGCCCCGUGGCCUACAGCUGUGUUUUCCUGGUGCCGCUUCUCUUUGACUUCCUUGGCUUAUCCUGAAUUUACAAAAUCCCUCUAUUCAUCUUUGUUAUCCACUAUUAUAUGUUUUUUUAGACAUUCUCCCAGAACACUGUUAACUCGUACAUGGCCUGGACUGAUCAAGGUCCAAGUACAAGGACAAAUUGAACUUGGAAAAGCCUUGGAAGAGCCACGUAUAGUGCUUUGAUUUUUAAAAUGCACUGUUUUGUUUCGUUUACAGGUUUAAGGGCAUUUUUGUUUAGCGUAAGAUCAGACUUGAGUGCGUGAUUGAUGUCUUGUUCAAUAGAGGACAAUACAUCUGCCUCUGAAAUGAUCAAAGCAAGCUCCUCCCGUUUUGAAUGGUGAUGUUUAUAACCAUUCUGCUCAAGUCGGAGAGAUUUCUCAAGAAGGCCUCACAUGUUUUCUCAUGUGUAUCCUGCAUUUGUCUUUCACUGAUUUCCCCUGAGCAGACAGACACCCAUCCUGCACCAUAAGUGGGAAAGAGCCAAAGACUAUUUCGUCUGUGUGACGCAACCAAGUGUAUGCUUCUAGCCAGUCAUUGAGGGCCGAGCAAUUCCUUAUCAAUAUCUCUGCCGAUAUCUAUUCAUUGCUCACUUUGCCGAAGCCCCAUUGCCUUGACUUUUUCAGGGCAAUGUUGUGUCCUAUUAGAUAGAUGUGCUGGUGCAUCAUUAAAAAAAAUUGGAUUUUGCAUUCAAAAAGUUUAUUAACUGUGCCUUAAAAAACUGUAAAAACAGCAUAUAGAAACAUUUUUAUCAAUUGUGCACAACAAAUAUACAAUAGUUUAAAAAUGUAUUCCCAACAGACUUGCGCCCACCCAUCCUGCACUCUUGUGUUGUCUCUCCCUCAAAAAUGUGCUGCAUUGUCCUUACGAAAUAGUCUUUGUUUCUAUUUCACCAGAGCUGUCUGCAGUUCUUUCUCUCAGUUUCCAUUGUGAGUUUUUGUCUCACAAUAAGCGGUAAUGCAUUAAGAAAAUUAUGGGAGGGGACCUUCCUGUCAGUAUAAAUGCUGUAUACAUGAACUUCCUAUGGCUGUGUUGCAUAUCAACCCCUAGGAAAAGACAGCUUUGAAUCUAGCAGCAUCUAAGCCACUAAAUCAAUUGGACAAUUUUAAGUAUGAAAAUGUCUGCUUAAACAAAAAAUCACCACGAGUACACUUUUGAAAAAAUGUCUUUUUAGUGUUCCUCAUUUUGCUUCCAGUUCUACAUAAUGUUUGGCUUUAGUCAUUAAAUUUCAGUUUAUUAAACUGAGCUUUCAUGUGGAGAUGCUUUCUGGGUGUCUCUCCAUGUGUCUGCUGCAUAAAGAGGAUGCAUUGAAAUCAGUGUGGCUUUAUUUAAUGGAUCAGGGAAACCUUAACUGAGCUUGCUUGGUCGUCUUGUCUGAACUCACUGCAGUUUAAAACCAUUUAAAAAAAUGUGAUUAUUGGUAUGAAAACCUGGCCAAAGGAAAUACAACAUUUGUUUAUUUAUUCCAUGAAAUUGUCAGUAUUAAUCUAGAUAGAUAUGUUGUCUGUCAUUGAAGUAGUUAUCUGUACUUGCCAUAUAUUUUUUUAUGUUUGCCAUUUCACAAGGAACUAUGGUAAAGCUACCUUGUCUUUUGCAACACUACCAAGUGUGAGCUGCUGCCCUGUCAUAGAGGGCAGGGAAAUUCCUUACCUCUGCCGAUAUUCAUUCAUGGCUCGCUUCUCAGAAACCCAGUGCUUUGAGACCUUUCUUUCCAGGGCAAUUUUGUCCUCCAACUAGGCACAAGACAUCAUAGUUAUUCUUUUUUGUGAAACUCCAUAAUGUUAAUUGCAAAGUGUCAGUAUUGCUUAUGCAGUUGCAUGCUGUUCUUUUUUUUUUUUUUUUUUUGGCAUUUCUAUGGCAUGUACCCUUUUUUUUAUUAUUGUUAUUUUUUAUGUACUUCAUGUGGAAGUAUUUCUUGCAAAGGAUUUGUUUCAUUACAGGUCUCUGGAACCAUAUUUUGAUGUGACAGAUUUGUUUGAAAUUAUUUACUUAUUUAUCAUAAAAUCAAUUUUCAUAUAGUUUGAUGUUUUAAGGUUUCCCACUUUUAAAUUCAGUAUGAAUUAAGCUUGUACACCCUGCCUGUACUGAGCUUUAAGCUGGUAAUGGUCACCCAAACUAUGGGUAUUCUAACCAUAGUCUAUUGCUACCUGGCUGUGGU